AUGCUCGGCGAGGGGGCGCUGCCCAGCCCGCCCCCCGCGGGGGACCCGCACCGGGAGGAGCAGCGCCCCCUCAAGCAGUCGCUGAGCAGCUCCCUGUGGCGGGAGUCACACUGGCGGUGCCUCCUGCUCACCUUGCUGAUGUAUGGUUGCUUUGGUGCCGUGGCCUGGUGCCACCUCUCCACCGUUACCCGCCUGGCCUUUGAUGGGGCAUCCCGGGGAACCUCCACUAUCUAUCACGCCAGCCCCUGCUCAGACGGCUAUCUCUACAUCCCGCUGGCCUUCCUGGCCAUGCUCUACCUGCUCUACCUGGUAGAGUGCUGGCAUCGCUUUGCCCAGGCCCGGCGCCAGCCCCGGGCCAGCACUGCCAGCGUGCACCAGCUGGUGCAGCACAUGCAGCAGGCAGCGCCUUGCGUGUGGUGGAAGGCGGUGAGCUACCACUACAUCCGUCGGACGCGCCAGGUGACCCGCUAUCGCAAUGGCGAUGCCUACACCACCACGCAGGUGUACCAUGAGCGGGUCAACACC